GCUCAACCCUUUUUUUGUUCUCUCCCACACCCUCUCCCUCUCCAUCCCCGCUUUCAACCUUUGAACCUCAUUCAUUCUUAACAUGGCAGCGUGCCCUCAUAUUUCAACCGUUCGUCUCUCGGUGCCCUCUUAUAACGCACAAAUCUACAAGGAUGAGUGCACCUUUUGUUACGACAGUCCUGACAACGAAGGAGGACUGGACGUGUGUCUAUCCUGCUUCAACGGUGGAUGCACCGAUCCAGAUCGCUAUCAUGCCAUCCAGCACUACACCAAAGCCGGUCACCCUCUCGCUUUGAACAUCAGGCGGGUCAGGCUUCCUAAGGAUACCAGGAACGGCGCGGAGCCCCCUCAAAAGAUUACUAAAAUUGCGAUUGUGCCCGAAAACGACACGGACCUCUAUGAGUACUUUACUCAUGUCAAAUGCUACGAAUGCGGCGGAGUCGAGGUUGACAAGACCUUUGGAGAUAUCCCAAAAGUUGUCGAUGCGAUCAUGACCUCGCUAUCUGCGUCCCGACAAUCAGAGAUCAAAGCCUGGGAGGAAGAGAUCGUUCCAUGCGACCAUAUUCGAAACCUUCAGCAGGAUGCUGAAAAGGUGGUUGCUGCGGAAAAUGCCCAUUGUUCCGACUGCGACCUCAACGAAAACCUCUGGCUGUGUCUCGUAUGUGGCAAUCUUGGGUGCGGACGCCAGCAAUAUGGUGGUACCGGGGGCAAUGGCCACGGUCUUGCCCAUUUCGAGGCGACAGGACAUGGUGUCGCCUGCAAACUAGGAACCAUCACGCCAGAAGGAUUUGCAGAUAUUUACUGCUACCACUGCAAUGAGGAACGCUCGGAUGAUCAACUGGGGGUGCAUUUGGCGAGGUUUGGAAUCAAGGUGGAAUCGCAGCAAAAGACGAUCAAGUCCUUGGCUGAGCUGUCUUUGGAGCAGAACCAAAACUUCAACUUCAACAUGUUUACGGAGGAUGGCAAAGCAUUCGAGCCACUGUUUGGACCGGGCUUCACAGGAUUCAGGAAUCUGGGCAACAGCUGCUAUAUGGCAUCGGUGCUUCAGUCAGUUUUCGAUCUUCCCGCCUUUGCUACAAGAUAUUUCCCGGUCGAUCUUGGUCACUUGCAGUCAUGCAGCAAGGAGCCCGGAAACUGCCUGCAAUGCCAGUUAGCCAAGGUUGCAGAUGGUCUUUUGAGCGGACGCUAUUCGACACCAACAGUUUCUGAUAGCGGUGAUGUGCAGGGACAGGAUGGAAUCGCGCCAGGCAUGUUCAAAGCUUUGAUUGGUCGCGGACACCCCGAGUUCUCAACCAUGAGGCAACAGGACGCUUUCGAGUUCUUUCAGCACUUGACAAAGGUCAUCGGGCAGAACGAGCGUACCACUGGCAGUGAUCCUACAAAGACUUUUGAGUUUAUUAACGAACAGCGCCUGCAAUGCAAUAAGUGCAAGAAAGUCCGCUACUCGCGGAAUAAAACCACGGACCUUACAAUUCCGGUGCCUGCGACCAAGAAGACAAACACUGGCGAAGAUGAUGAGUAUGAGAGUGUCACGUUCGAGCGAUGCCUCGAUACGUACGCUGCAGAGGAGAUCCUUCCUUAUAACUGCCCCAGCUGCCAAAAGAACGUAACCGCCACUAAGACAAAUCGGUUUGCCACCUUUCCAGAGGUGUUGGUAAUCAAUAUGCGACGCUUUGAGUACCAGAACUGGGUCCCAAGGAAACUUGCUGUACCGGUUAUCGUCUCUGAAGGCCCGAUUGAUCUUGAAAAGUACCGCGCUCACGGCCAACAACCUAACGAGGAAUCACUUCCGGAAGAUGUUGUAGCUGCAGACUCCGGUCCAACCUUUGAUCAGGCUGCCCUGGAGCAGCUUCAGAUGAUGGGUUUCUCAGUGAUUCGCUGCCAGAAAGCGCUCUUGGCGACUAACAAUCAGGGCGCGGAAGUGGCUAUGGAUUGGUUAAUUCAACAUAUGGAGGAUCCCGAUAUUGACGAGCCCAUCGCGACCAACACCAACGCCUCUUCUCCGAGUGUUAACCCGGAACAAAUUGCUCAGUUGGCGGAUAUGGGCUUCACGGACAAGCAGGCUAAGAAGGCGCUCAAGGAGACAGGCGGUGACAUGGAGCGCGCUGUGGAAUGGCUCUUCAGUCAUAUGGACACGCCUAUCGAUGACGACGAAGGGGAAAGCGUAGCUCCUGCGCCCGCUGCUGCCGAAGGUCAGGCGCCCCAUCUAAACGCAGAAAAGAAGGGCCGCUACCAACUUGCCUCGUUUAUCUCGCACAAAGGACCAUCGAUCCACUGCGGACACUAUGUCAGCCACAUCAGGAGAGGUGACCGGUGGAUUCUGUUCAACGAUAACAAGGUCGUUGUGGAUCCUAAGGCACCCAUUGGUGAUGCCUACAUGUACAUUUUCAAGCGGGAAUAAGACGAUGCAAUUCGGCGCAGGAACCAUUGCUCGUCAUAUUUACAAUCCAGCCAUUGAUUUAUUAAAUAAGCUGUAAUAAAAAGGGGACCUGGGCCUAAGCGUGAGCCAGAUCCAUCUAUU